GGCACAGCGAACUUCAUAGAACCAGUGCGCGUACACCGGCGAUCAAACAGCCGUUUGCUGUGCAGUCGCAGAUCCUAGUAUGGCCGAGCCGCCAUGUGCAGCGACACAGCCAUUGCCCCUCAUACCAAAGUCAGCGAACGGGCGGGUAUCUCAGUUGCGCGGAUCACAGCGCCUGCCAUUUGUGUGCAAUUACGCUUUUGACUGUGUCUGUUAAUGAGGUUCAGACGACCUGGAAAACCCCUACGACAGUCGGUUCGUUCUUAGAAAGGCGGGGCCCGAAGGUUCGUAUAAAACUGGUGGCGAUCGCAGUCAGAACCGCACCCCGUAGCCAGUUAUCUCCUCUCCCCUCCCCACAAAGAUGCUCCUUCGUCUCAGCCUCCGACGUGUGCGUAACAGGUCAUACCAACAUCCACGCUUCUCCAUCAUGGGUCCACAUGAGCACGACCACUUGUUCUUCUCCUCCGGUGGCGUCCAGGGAAUCAAUCUUGCUAAUGCCCGCACCGGACAACUCGAAAAUCUCGAUGAGUGCGAUGAAGACGUGUUCCCUGCGACCUUCGCCAAAGUAACCGUGCUCAUCACCCUACAUGGAUAUGAGGUGUAUCGGCGGGUCAAGAACGUACAGCGCGUCCGUGGGGGUGUACCGCUGCCUGUUCAGCGAUCUAAACUGGUCCGGUGCAUUGCGGAAGCGAUGCAGGGAUUCAUCAACCAAGCUCGGCCUACGAGCGAUCACGACGGUGCCUUCGCGUUUGGCCUUGCAGGCAUCCAGAUGGAGCAUCUCUAUCUCCUCGAGAUUCAUCGCUAUGGCAAGACCCUGGUCCCAGUCCUUGGCUACGUCCCUCCCGGCAUCGAUCUAGCAGUCACGGUACGUUGCUAGCAGGCUCGCAUGAGACUCGCAUUAAUGUGAAC